CCGACACCGGCAGCGCGCGCUUGUUUGGGAUUUUGGAAUCUACGUUGCGGCCCACAUUUUCCUUUGUAUACUAUUUGGCCAUUAUCUGCAAUGGACGAAUUACCGUUUCAGGUGGAAUAUGCGAAGUCUGGAAGAGCAUCUUGUAAAGGAUGUAAGCAGAAAAUAGAUCAAGGGUGUCUUCGUAUUGCUGUGAUGGUGCAGUCUGCGUUUUAUGAUGGGAAACAACCGAAUUGGCACCAUGAAGACUGUUUCUUCCAAAGACAGCGUGUUCAGUGCGUCAGCGACAUUGCGAAUUUUAACAAACUAAAAAAUGCAGAUAAAGACAGGAUCAAAAAAACAAUAGAAAGUAAUGUCGGAGUGGUAUUACCAGUUGAGAAAGGGAAGGGAAAGAAGAAGAGAGCUGCCGAGAGCAGCAGCAACACUGCUCUUAAGGACUUCAAAGUGGAGUACUCCAAGUCCAGCAGGGCUACCUGCAAACACUGUGAUAUUAAAAUUUGCAAGGAUGAAAUCCGCGUUUGCAAGAUAAUGUAUGAUACAGAAGUAGGUAUGAAGUAUGGUGGGCAACCGUUUUGGCACCACGUGCAAUGUUUCAAUGAGGAGAGAGACACUCUCGGCUAUAUGGCCGGUGGAGAGGACUUGCCCGGCUUUAACCUUCUCAAGAAAGAUGACCAGAAGAUUGUCAAAGAAGCAAUCAAACCUAAAUCACUCAAUGAAAUACCAAUAAAGAAGUUGAAAGCGGAACCAAAAGAUGAAGAAGAAAUUAAGAAGGAGAAAGAUCAUGAAAAGCAGUUGGAGAAACAAAAUAAGCUGUACCAUAAAUACAGGAGUGCUCUAAGUGAAUUAAAGAAAGCUGAUUUACAUGAACUGCUUGAAUAUAACUCACAGGAAACAGCACCUGGAUUUGAUGAGUGUUUGGAUCAUCUGGCGGACUGCAUGGCUUUCGGAGUCCCAGAUCCGUGUCCCGAAUGCAAGGGUCAACUGAUUUUAGACACAUUUAAUUACAAGUGUACAGGUAACAUCAGCGAAUGGACAAAGUGUUCAUACAAAAUCAGGGAACCAACUAAGAAACCCUUCAAAGUACCAAAAGCUUACAAAGACGGGUCUAUAUUCAAGAAGUAUAAGAGCAAAGUUGCCACCAGGCUGUUCGACGCCGCGCCGCCGCCGCCGCAGAUCAUUAUCAAGAAGGAGGAACCUGUAGAAAAGAAGGACAUUAAAAUACCACCACUGAAGAACCUACAGUUCUUCAUUUACGGCAAAGUGAAGUCUAAGGAAGAUGUAAAGAAGAGGAUUUUGAAACUGGGCGGGCUUGUGGUCAGCAAGUUGACAGAGACCCUCGCUGCUGUCGUCUCUACAAAGAAAGAUAUAGAUAACAUGCCGCGGAAAAUGGCUGAGAUACAGGAAGAAGACAUUGAGGUGGUGGACGAAUCUUUCCUGGACUUGAUAGACCCAGAUACAGGGACCGUUGCAAAGACAUUGGAGCUCAUUAAGCUCCACAAUAUUGCAGAUUGGGGCUCUGACCCAGCAAAGAGAGUACCACAAGACGUCAUCGACGGAAAGUCUAUCCCUAAGUCCGGCAGCUUGUAUGUAAAAUCUCAGAAGUCUACAACAACCAAGCUGAAGAUCAAAGGCGGCACAGCAAUCGACCCGGAUUCAGGCUUGGAGGACGAAGCGCACGUGUACAAAGACAUGCAUGAUGGCACCAUGUAUACCGUGGUGCUCUGCAAGACUGAUGUGAUCGCGCAGAAGAACUCUUACUAUAAGCUGCAACUUCUAGAAGCUGAUAAUAGGAAGAAGUACUGGCUGUUCCGAUCGUGGGGUAGGAUCGGAACUACGAUCGGUGGUCAUAAACUGGAGGACUGCAAAUCCCUGGACGAUGCCAUGAAGAGAUUCGAAGACUUAUACAUGGAGAAGACCGAAAACCCUUGGGAAUGCAGGGACGAUUUUAUGAAGGUCCCGAAUGCCUACUACCCAAUAGAAGUAGACUAUGGUGAUGACCCUGCCGACGUGAAGCAAGAACUAAAGGUGGAUGAGAAGUGCAAGCUGCCUCUCCCAGUGCAAAGACUCGUCGUGAAGAUAUUCGACAUCAACAUUAUGAAGAAAACACUGCUUGAAUUCGAGCUUGACACUGAAAAGAUGCCCCUGGGCAAGCUGUCCAAGAAACAAAUUAAAUCAGGAUACAAAGUGCUGACUGAACUGCUAGCGUACAUUGAAACGGGAAAAGCCAGUGAGAGCAAAAUUAUUGAUGCAACCAACAGAUUCUUCACCACGGUUCCUCAUGACUUCGGCGUGAACAACGCACCUUUGCUAAAUAACGUGGAGGCUAUAAAGAAGAAGGCUGAAAUGUUAGAUAACCUGAUGGAAAUUGAAAUCGCCUACAGCUUGCUGAAGACUGACUCGGACGACGCGACGAUCCCAGUGGAGGCGCACUACACGAAGCUGAAGGCGCACAUAGAGCCGAUGGACAGAAACAGCGAAGAGUUCAAGCUCAUAUCGGAAUACACCAAGAAUACUCACGCCGCCACCCACUCCAGUUACACACUUGAAAUUGAAGAGGUAUUCAAAGUGGUGCGUGAGGGAGAAGACAAACGCUACAAGCCAUUCAAGAAGCUCCACAAUCGUCGUCUCUUGUGGCACGGCUCGCGAGUUACCAAUUUCGCUGGUAUUCUCUCCCAAGGUCUCCGCAUAGCGCCUCCCGAGGCCCCAGUGACAGGUUACAUGUUCGGCAAGGGCAUCUACUUCGCGGACAUGGUAUCCAAAUCAGCCAAUUAUUGUUGCACGAAUAAGAGCAAUCCCACCGGUAUCAUGCUGCUGUGUGAAGUCGCCCUUGGUGACAUGAGGGAAUGCCGGCAAUCUGAGAUGAUCACCAAGUUACCAGCUGGUCAACAUUCCACAUGGGGUAUCGGCCGGACACAACCGGACCCUAAAAUGAACAGGGUUCUCGACGACGGGACUAUCGUGCCUCUAGGCAAACCCGUCCAGAACAAAGGCCAGACUUCUCUGUUGUACAACGAGUUCAUCGUGUACGACGUGGCGCAGGUUAACGUCAAGUACCUAUUGCAGAUGAGGUUCAACCACAUGUAUUAAGCGCAGCUAUAAUUAAUACAAGUUAUCAAAAUAAUAUUGUGCUUCUUGUGUAUUCCAAUAGUUAAUUAAUUCCAUUAGUUAUAGGUAUUUUCGUGCAUCUACGGGUUUUUUUACAGCAACGUCGUAAAUGAUAGAAAUCGGCACAUUUUGCUUACUGACCCCUACUUUUAAUUAUUCUGUUGAAUUGUUAAUAUUUAUGUUUUUAAUUUCUUUAAUAUUGUGAUUAUGAUGACAUUGAUUGUUUACUAUUCCUUGCGAUAAGAUUGUUUUGUAGUGUUUAUAAUUAAAAGCUUCGUCAGUAUGAAAGUCACUUCCUUUGCUUUAAAUAAAAAAGACGAACUAUAAUAUAAAGUGAUUCGGCGUUUUAUGCCUUCUAUGUAAUUAAUCUAAAAUUGUUAGUUGCAUAAAUAUUUUUCAUUAUGCUGAUUUUUUAAAAUUACCUUGUUCAAUAUUCUCUCAUAGAGUGAAGUUAAUACUGUUGUUGAAAUGAUUAAAUCAUACGAAUGGCUGUUACGCUUUAUUAUGUAUGCGAAUGAUUAUAUUUUCUCAUUAUACAUCA